CAGUCUUGUUACUCCGUUAGAGUAUAAAAGGAGCUGCAAGUUAGAAGUUUAAUCAUACUAAAGUUUAAUAUCGAACUGAUUAAAAGAAAAGAAAAAUGAAAAGCAUUCUUGUACUACUAUGCAUUGUCGCAGCUACAACUGCUUUCAUCCCUGUAAGACCUGGUAGACGAGUGGGUCAACAAGAAGAUGGUGAAAAUGGAGGACCAGGAAAUAGCGAUAAAAACCCAAUAAACAUCUUGAGAGGUCUUACAGCUUUUUUGAAUUCUUUACUUGGUAAGACAGACGAAGAAACAGCAGGCGAAGAACCAGCUGCCGAAGAAACAGGUGCCGAAGAAACAGGUGCCGAAGAAACAGGUGCUGAAGAAUCAGCAGCCGAAGAACCAGCUGCCGAAGAACCAGCAGCAGAAGAACCAGCUGCAGAAGAACCAGCAGCGGAAGAACCAGCAGCGGAAGAACCAGCAGCCGAAGAACCAGCAGCCGAAGAACCAGCAGCCGAAGAACCAGCAGCCGAAGAACCAGCAGCCGAAGAACCAGCAGCCGAAGAACCAGCAGCCGAAGAACCAGCAGCCGAAGAACCAGCAGCGGAAGAACCAGCAGCCGAAGAACCAGCAGCCGAAGAACCAGCAGCUGAAGAACCAGCAGCUGAAGAACCAGCAGCUGAAGAACCAGCAGCUGAAGAACCAGCAGCUGAAGAACCAGCAGCUGAAGAACCAGCAGCCGAAGAACCAGCAGCAGAAGAACCAGCAGCCGAAGAACCAGCAGCCGAAGAACCAGCAGCCGAAGAACCAGCAGCCGAAGAACCAGCCGCAAAAUAAAAAGUAGAUGUUAAUAAAUUUAUCUGAAUCUGAAA